CCAGCUUUUAGCCUCUCUCUCUCAAUCUACCCCACAACAGCAGCAGCGUGGUGCGCAUGCGCAAUAGCCAACUCAGUAACCUUCCCUCACAGUCAACCUAGGCAGAGACAUUCUGCCCCCCCCCCCAUAUAUCUAUCUAUCUGUCUAUCUCCCCUCAGCGGCGGCUCCGUCUCCUCCUCUGGGAACGUGAGCGACGCAAAGGCCAGGACAAGGGUUCCCAAAAAAGGCCUUGCCACCAUCGUCUCUCCUUGCUGCAUUCUCCUUUCAAAUGAUGGCAACUCCUGAUGUGAGUGUUCACAUGGAAGAAGUGGUGGUGGUAACCACUCCAGACAGUGUGGUUGAUGGCAGUGGUGUUGAAAGGGUGAAAAACUGUUUAGUGACAACCAAUCUGUCUCAGCACAGCAGUGACCUAAAUGAAGACACCCUGGAGACAGAAAAUGCAGCUGCAGCAGCCGCUGCUGCUUUUACAGCCUCUGCACAUCUGAAAGAAGCUCUUUUAGUGAAGAUGGCUGAAGGAGAUGACUGUGUGGAAGCUGAGAUUGUUUAUCCAAUCACUUGUGGGGACAGCAAAGCCAACCUAAUAUGGCGGAAGUUUGUUUGCCCGGGCAUCAAUGUGAAAUGUGUCCAGUACGAUAACCACUUGAUAAGUCCUAAGGAAUUUGUCCAUUUGGCUGGCAAGUCCACGUUAAAGGACUGGAAGAGGGCAAUCCGGAUGAAUGGGAUCAUGCUAAGGAAGAUCAUGGAUUCAGGGAAGCUGGAUUUCUAUGAGCAUACAAAAGUUUGUUCCAACACCUGCCGAAGCACUAAAAUUGACCUGACUGGGGCCCGAGUGUCUCUGACCAGCCAGACUUCAACAGAGUACAUCCCUCUCACCCCUGCCUCUGCAGAUGUAAAUGGAUCCCCUGCCACAAUCACCAUAGAAACAUGUGAAGACUCCUCGGACUGGACAACAACUAUUGGAGAUGAUGCAUUUACAUUUUGGCAUAGUCUCAAGGAAGCAGGCUUGCUGGAAGAAGUGAUCCAGGAAUUCCAAGCAGAGCUCGCAGAGACCAUGAGGGGCCUGCAACAGCGGAUUCAGGAUCCCCCUUUACAACUGAACGAUGCUGUCCUACUCAAUAAUACAGUCCAGAACUUUGGCAUGCUGGACCUAGUGAAGAAAGUUUUGGCCAGCCACAAGUGCCAAAUGGACCGUUCCAGAGAGCAGUAUACACGUGAUUUAGCAGCUCUGGAGCAACAGUGUGAUGAGCAUCGGAAGAGGGCAAAGGAGCUGAAGCACAAAUCCCAGCAUCUUAACAAUGUGUUGAUGACCUUGACGCCGGUCUCCAUUCCAUCCCCUCUGAAACGCCCCAGGCUCACAAGAGCUACCUCAGGACCUCCUGCCAUCACCUCCCAACUGCUGACCCAGUCAGGACAAAUUGCCUUGGCACCAGGGAUGCCGGUUACUCAGCUGGCCAGCCUGCCUAUAGGCAAAGUAGUCUCUGCCCUCCCAGCAUCUUCUCUGGGGAAGACCACAGUGCAAGCCACGUCUGCCAGCUCCCCAACCUCUCCGUUGCUGGGUGGAUACACUGUCCUGGCUUCUGCAAGUUCUGCUUUUCCCAAUACAGUUGAAAUACACCCAGAUGCCUCCAACCUAACAGUCCUGAGUACAGCGGCCAUACAGGAUGGCAGCACCUUGGUAAAAGUGAUGAGCCCUUUCCAGCUGCUCACCCUCCCAGGACUGGGCACUGCCAUCCAGAACGUAACCCAAAUGUCUCCCAGUGGGAGCACCAUCAUGACUGUGCCGUCCAGUGUUAUUGAAGGUUCCGCUGUAACUGAAGAACAUACAACCAUUGAGGUAGCAACUGUCUCAGAUGAACCCGAGCAGAAGUGAAAAACAGACUUUAACCUGCUUUUUAGGUGUGCUCUGGGCACAUGUGGUCAUCCCUCUGAUAAGAAGAGGAGGGGCAGUGGAAAAGGAGCAAGGAAGACACAUUGGCUAAUGGGAGAAUAGUGAGGUUGGGAUUGUGGAAGGGAGAGAGACAAAGAGAGAGAGAAUGAAGGGAGAACACCCCUGAGAAGACAAGAAAGAGAUCACUGUUCCACAGGAACCAUUAAGAGCCACAAUCUUUCCAUCCUCCGCUUGUUAACUCAGUAUCAUCUCUAGCAGUCUGAAGGGGAACAAAGAAUCUGCAGAGAGACUGAGGCAGGGAAGUUAAGUUUCUGAAAAUAAAGUAAUAAAAGGAUAAGGGGGGAAGGAAGUCAGAGGUGAGGCAGUUAGCCUGGUGUAGCUCUAGAAAUUGCAGUGCAGGCAGCCAGGAGGGUAUUUUUGGCACCCAGGCAAGAUCCAGGCCUGCGGUGUGUAUGUGCUAGACCAUGUCAGUGGUUGGCUGUUUCCUUGCCACUUUGGAAAACAGAUGUGAAAGGUAGCACAUGAUCCUAUGCAGCAUGUGUAGGAAGAUUGCAGAAGCCUUAGUCACUCCGCAAAACAGUGUGGAAGCAAGGAGUUCCUCUGGUAGCUGGUGGUGGUGAGGAGAGGGACCUAGUAUCACUCUGCUUGUUAAGUGCAGCAGCGGGCAAACCUAGUCAGUGUGUUGUGAUGAACACACAACUUGAAACAGACAUCCAGGAGAGAGGUUUACAGAUAAAACUGCCAUAAUCUUACAUUAACACCCCCCCCCCCAAGUAUCCUGGGAUUAAGGGCCAUUUUCUUUAUUUCCUUUAAAUGCCACACAUGAACCUCAUGCUUUCUAGCCUUCUCUUUGAGGCUGGUGCAGAGAGGCUGCCAUUCUGCAGAAGACCUGAGCUGCUUCCAUGUCAGUGGAGGGCUGGAACCUACCUCUGCCCACCCUGUCACCUGCCAUAAGCAGUGAGCCUUAUCUACUGGGCAUAAGCAGCUUGGGCUGCCAUAUGUUUGGAAAUACAGUAAUAUUUUGGCUGAAAGAGUUGUGGUGCAAAAAGGGAGAGUUUGUGCAGCUCUUCAGCUUAUUUGUUUGGCUUCUUUUUUUACUGUUAUUUCAACUGGUUGGAGGGAUUUGAUUAACUGAGGACUUGGAAAACCAAAGGAAAAGGUGCUUGUGAGAGAGGAAACAUCUGUUACUGUCACAGGCUGUCAAGAUUUGGAUUCUUGCUGUGUGAAUUUGUCUGUAAACAGCAGCAAAAGCAAAUCUCUGGAAUAAGCUAUUAAAAAUAUUUUUAAAAGA